AUGUUGAUGAGCGACGAAGAUCUUGUUCAAUGUCCUUAUAAUCCUAAUCACCACGUUCCUAGGUCUCAAAUAGACGAGCAUAAAAAUACAUGUAAAUUUUUGAUGGAUCCUACUCAAGAAACUCAAAUUACAUUUUCAUCGCACGACGAGCCAAGACCCUCAACAUCUUACCAGGAGUCACCUCAGGAGGGGAGUUCACUUCAGGAGAAGAGUUCUCAUCAGGAGGAGAGUUCACAACAGGAGGAGAGUCAAAUAGCAGAACUUCCAAAUUUACAAGGCCCAUCUUUUCAAGAAUGGAGAAAAUCCCAAGAACCAGCAGAAAUACAGAAAACAUCACUUUCUAAAUUAAAAAGGCCAAGACUUAACCCAAAGUCGUUUAGAAAGAGAGAUAUCCCAGAUAAAUCCUGGAAACCAAAAUUAAUGCAAGAUAAAAAGUCAAGUUCAAAGAAGUCAGAAAUGCGAAUACAAUCAUAUUAUAAAAGAUUGAAUAAAGAAAGGAAGGAACUUAAGAAACUAAAAAUAGACAGUGGUUCUGAUGAAGCUUCUUCAUCAAGUAGUGGAUCUCCAUUAUCAUUUGUAGACACUAUGCCAGAUAACAAGAAACAAAUUCUAUAUGAUAUGGGUUCCAAAUUUAUGACACAAUUGGCAUCUACUUCACAACAAAAAGAUUGUCCACAACAAGAAUCUAGUUCAAAAGAAAAGAUAACUAAAAAAAUGGAUGUUGAAAGAUGGGUAAUUCAAUCGUCACAUUUUUCAUCAGAAGUGACUACUCCAUUAGAAGUUGAAUUAGAAGAGCCUCCAUCAACUAGAGAUGUUCUACAAGAACAAUCGCAAUCAUUUAGUGUACCUGCAGAAACAACACAUGAUAGGGUUCGUUCACAACAGCCAAAAGAGACAAUCAAAAAGAAACAUGAAGAAAUAGGUACAGAAAUAAUAAUGGUAGCUGAAGAGUCACAUAUUUUAUCAGAAGUGACUACUCCAUCAGAAGUUGAAUUAGAAGAGCUUCCAUCAACUGGAGAUGUUCUACAACAACAAUCACAACCUUUUAGUUUCCCAGCUGCAACAACACAUGAUUCGGAUGAUUUACAACGGCACAUUAGUUCUAUGAAAGAGAAAUAUGCAGAGAAUAUUGAAGAAGAAAUGGCGGAUGCUGAAGUGUCACAUAUUUUGGCAACAGAGACGAAUUUACAACUGAUUAAAACGGAAGAACCUUCUUCGUCUAGAGCUGUUCCAGAUAUAAUAGCUACUGAUCAUAGUGACACAACAAAUGAUGAAUCACCACAAGCAGAUAUUUCACAACAAGAAAGUAGUUCGCUACAAGAAAGUAGUUCGCCACUAGAAGAUAGUUCGCAACAAGAAUUUAGUUCGCUACCAGAAGAUAGUUUGCUAGAAGGAAGUAUUGUGCUACAAGAAGAUAGUUCGCUACAAGAAGAUAGCUUGCUACAAGGAGGUAGUUUGCUAGAAGAAGAUAUUGAACAACUAGAAGAAAUCUGGGGGGAAGAAACGUCAGAUAUGUUGAGUUAUCAGGAUUCAAUAGAAACUGGAUCUUCAAAACCUUCUUCAUCUGUACAAGAAGAACAAUCCAAACCAGUUGUUUCUCAUGAUAAGGCAAAACACGAAUUAAAUGUUCCACAAAAACGAAGUCGGGUUAGUAAAAGGUCAUACGAAAGCUCAAGUGAAAACACGGAUAUCGAUGAUUUACAAAAAGAAGGGUGCUCACCAGAAGCAGAUAUUUCAUCAGAAGCAGAUGGUUCACGAAGGAAAAAAAUAUGUCUAGAAAAAAGAAGACUUUAUGAUUCUACUUCAACAACAGAUGAAGAUAAAGGUGAAAAGAUCGAAUUUGAAAAACCUUCUUCCUCUGUUCCAAAAAAACAAUCCAAACCAGUUGUUUUUCGUAGUAAGACAAAACCUCUAUUAGAUAUUCCACAAGAAGCAAGUAAGCUAAGAAAAAGGUCACAUGAAACCUCAAGUGAAAAUACGGAUACCGAUAUAGGUGAUUUGCAAAAAGCAGGUAGCUCACUAAAAUCAGAUAUUUCACCAAAAGCUGAUGUUUCACCAAGGAAAAGAAAAUGUCUAGAAAAAAGAAGACGUUAUGAUUCUACUUCAACAACAGAUGAAGAUAAAGGUGAACAGAUAGAAUUCGAAAAACCUUCUUCCUCUGUUCCAAAAAAACAAUCCGAACCAGUUGUUUCUCAUGAUAAGGCAAAACAUGAAUUAACUGUUCCACAAAAAGAAAGUCGGGUUAGUAAAAGGUCAUACGAAAGCUCAAGUGUGAGCACGGAUAUCGAUGAUUUACAAAAAGAAGGGAGCUCACCAGAAGCAGAUAUUUCAUCAGAAGAAGAUGGUUCACGAAUGGAAACAAAAUAUCUACGAAUAAAAAGAUGUUAUCAUUCUUCUUCAUCAACGGAUGAAGAUGAAGGUAAAAAGAUUGAUUUGAAAAAACCUUCUCCAUCUUCUCCAAAAAAACGAUUAAAAGCAGUUGUUACUCGUCGUAAGACAAAACAUCAAUUGGAUGUUCCACAAGAAGCAAGUGGAGUAAAGAAAAGGUCACAUGAAACCUUAAGUGAAAGCAUAGAUAUUGAUUCAGGUGAUUUACAAAAAGCAGGUAGCUCACCAGAAUCAGAUAUUUCACUAGAGGCAGAUGAAAUAAAGAUGAGCGACGAAGAACUUGUUCAGUGUCCAAAUAAUCCCAAUCACCUGGUUCCUAGAUCUCAAAUAGACGAGCAUGUAAAUACAUGUGAAUUAUUGAUGGAUCCUAAUCAAGAAAUGCAAAUUACAACUCCAUCCGAUGACGAACCAAGACCCUCAACAUCUUACCAGGAGUCACUUCAGGAGGAGAGUUCACUUCAGGAGGGGAGUUUACUUCAGGAAGGGAGUUCACAACAGGAGGAGAGUCAAAUAACAGAACUUCCAAAUUUACAAGGUCUAUCUUUUCAAAAAUGGAGAAAAUCCCAAGAACCAGCACAAAUACAGGAAACAUCACUUUCUAAAUUAAGAAGGCCAAGACCUAACCCAAAGUCGUUUAGAAAGAGAGAUGUCCCAGAUAAAUCCUGGAAACCAAAAUUAAUGCAAGACAAAAAGUCAAGUUCAAAGAAGUCAGAAAUGCGAAUACAAUCAUAUUAUAAAACAUUAAAUAAAGAAAGGAAGGAACUAAGGAAACUAAAAAUAGACAGUGGUUCUGAUGAAGCUUCUUCAUCAGGUAGUGGAUCUCCAUUAUCAUUUAUGGACACUAUGCCAGAUACCAAGAAACAAAUUCUAUUUGAUAUGGGUUCAAAAUUUAUGGCACAAUUGGCAUCUACUUCACAAAAAACAGAUUGUUCACAACAAGAAUCUACUUCACAAGAAAAGAUAACUGAAGAAAUGGAUGUUGAAAGAUGGGUGAUACAAUCGUCACGUUUUUCGUCAGAAGUGACUACUCCAUUAGAAGUUGAAUCGGAAGAGCCUCCAUCAACUAGAGAUGUUCUACAAGAACAAUCGCAAUCAUUUAGUGUACCUGCAGAAACAACACAUGAAAAGGUUCGUUCACAACAGCCAAAAGAGACAAUCAAAAAGAAACAUGAAGAAAUAGGUACAGAAAUAAAAAUAGUAGCUGAAGAGUCAGAUAUUUUAUCAGAAGUGACUACUCCAUUAGAAGUUGAAUUGGAAGAGCCUCCAUCAACUAGAGAUGUUGUACAAGAACAAUCGCAAUCAUUUAGUGUACCUACAGAAACAACACAUGAUAGGGUUCGUUCACAACAGCUAAAAGAGACAAUCAAAAAGAAACAUGAAGAAAUAGGUACAGAAAUAAAAAUGGUAGCUGAAGAGUCACAUAUUUUAUCAGUAGUGAUUACUCCAUUAGAAGUUGAAUUCGAAGAGCCUCCAUCAACUGGAGAUGUUCUACAAGAACAUUCGCAAUCAUUUAGUGUACCUGCUGAAACAACACAUGAUUCGGAUCUUUCACAAAAGUCAAAAGUGACAGAGGAAAAGAUAUCUGAAAAAAUGGAUACAGAAGAAAAAAUAGAGACUGAAGAGUCACAUACUUUAUCAGAAGUGACUACUCAAUUAGAAGUUGAAAUCGAAGAACCUUCUUUUGUUGCAGAUAUUGAUUUGGAAAAACCUUCUACCUCUUCUUCAACAAAACAAUCCAAACCAGUUGUUUCUCGAGGUAAGACAAAACAUCAAUCGGAUGUUCCACAAGAAGCAAGUAGACUAAGGAAAAGGUUAUAUGAAACCUCAAGUGAAGACACGGAUAUCGAUGUAGAUGAUAUACCAUUAGCAGUUACCCCACCAAAAUCAGAUAUUUCACCAAAAGCUUAUGUUUCACCGAGGAAAAAAAAAUGUCUAGAAAAAAGAAGACGUUCUGAUUCUUCUUCAAAAACAGAUGAAGACUAA